AUGCCUUUUGUCUCCAACUCCCCAGAGUGGUUCUCGACAGCCCAAGGACUGUGGGUUUACGAUCUCGCAGGAUGUAUGGCUGUCUCUGACCCGUUGUUAAAGUCACUGAUUUACCUCUUCGUUAGUCGCAGCUGCAGCAGCCGUAUGCUACGACUAUGUCUAGGCGUUCACCGCCUCGUGACCUCUGGUAGUCCUCCUCCUUGGACAAGAAGUGAGGUAGACCUUGUUUGGUACAUCCUUUGUUUACUCAAUUACUCCGUAAAUAAUUUCGGCCGAACCAGAUGCCUUCAAGUGUUUAUUGCCCAGAACUGGAUGGAGUUCGUGUUUACGUUGGCUAUGGACGCAAUCAUGAUCCUACGCAUUUAUGCAUUGUUUCAUCGUUCAAAGAAAGUGCUCGUAUUCCUGGUAUACUAUGUCAUGGGACCUGGAAGCGGUAUCGAAGGAUUAAUCUUUAUCCUGUUCAACACGAAAAAUUGUCAGCUUAAUUACAACGAUAUUCUGUACGGAUACACCUCGGUCUCAGGUGUCAUAUUCGAGAUCAUCCUCCUUCUUUUCGUUGUGAAGUGUUUCUUCAUGCAUGUUAAGGAGCUGCGGGCACGAUCGCAUACUUGGGGAGCCUAUGAAUGUUUAGCACUGCUGAUUAGGGAUAACGUGUUGUACUUUGUCCUGUACGUGGUAGCAGGUGUGCUACGAACUGGUCUUCUCGCGAACUUCACCAAUGUCGAAGGAGGCUGGGUCUUCUCUUGCAUCGAAACCAUCAUCAUAACUUUGCAACAGUAUCUUUUCUCGCCUCGCCUCGUCCUAGCUUAUCGACAGUACCACGCUGAUAUUUCACGUCGUCAUGAGCGUGGAGGUAUCGAGUUGUCACAGAUGAGCAAUGGCACUAGGCUGAACACCAUAGUAUUUGAACCGGCAUCCAUAACCUCACGUACGGUGGGAUCGGAUGUAUAG